AGCUGAGAAAUGUACGGACGUUGUGCAACAUGGUAGGGCGCAAAGCCAACGCUCUGCUGGUCCUGGGGCUGUGCUUACAGCUGACCUAUGCGGCUAAUAUAUUAGCCGUAUUCACGUACACUUCACACUCGCCGUUUCUUCUGGUGGAACCAUAUAUGCGAGCGCUUGUCCGUAAUGGCCAUCAGAUAACCAUAGUUUCAUCAGUGAAGCCCUUGGAGGAUAUUGAUGGUGCUCGACACAUUCGUGUGCCAAUGCUAGAUCAGCUAAUGGAAGACUUGUUUAACUUUGAUUUUGAGAGUUUUCCCUUAACGAAGUGGGGCGAAGCAUCGGUGGUAUCGCAAAUCUUCCGCAAUGCCUCGCAUUACACUCUCAGCGAUGCUGGGGUCCAGGCCCUGCUUCGGGAUCCCAAGGUCCAUUUCGAUAUGGUCAUUUUGCCGGCUUCCCAUACGGAUGCACUUUACGGCCUUGCCCAGCAUUUCAAUGCGGCAUUGGUGGGAAUUUCGGCCUAUGCCACCGCGUGGAAUAUUGACUAUCUGGCCGGUAAUAAGGCACCCAGUAUUUACGAGCCCAUGCUGCCAGAGGGAUACUCGAAUGGCCUCAGUUUGCUGGAUAAGCUCAGAAAUUGGGUUUACAUUACAGAGGAAUGGCUUGUGGAACGAUUGGUUUAUCUACCCCAACAGGUGUCCCUAUAUAAGCAUUUUUUUAAUCAGCCAGCCGAGUCCCUCUAUGCUAUCCGAAGAAAUUUCUCCUUAAUGCUGAUUAAUCAUCAUUUCAGUCUCGGACGCGCCAGAUCUAAUGUGCCCAAUGUCAUCGAGGUGGCGGGAAUGCACAUGAGUCAACCGAACGUUGAACUGGAACCAUCACUGAAACGUUUCCUGGAUGAGGCAGAACAUGGCGUCAUCUACUUCUCCAUGGGAUUGGAAAUCAUUAACAAAUGGCUUCCUCAGCACAUGUUGCAGGUAUUGCAGGAAAGCUUUGAUCAGCUUCAGUGGCAUGUCGUUUGGAAAUUUGAGCGGAAUACGCUGCCCAAAAAAUCGGAGAGAAUUUAUAUAAGUCCUCUUUUGCCCCAGCGAGAGCUACUGACCCAUCCCAAUGUCAAGCUGUUCAUCACACACGGCGGAAUCCUAAGCAUCAUUGAGGCUGCCUACAGUGCUGUGCCAAUGCUCUGCCUGCCGCUGUACUACGAUCAAUUUGGCAAUGCUGAGCGGAUGAAACACGCAGGCGUGGCCAAAACUCUGGAUAUACCCACAAUGACAAUUGAGUCGACAACACGGGCAAUUAAGGAACUCAUUGAGAAUCCCAUAUUUGCGCACAAUGCGAAAAUUAUGUCCAUGCGACUGCACGAUCAACCAAUGAAUCCACUCGAAACGGCCGUUUGGUGGACCGAAUAUGUCCUUCGUCACAAGGGAGCACCACAUAUGCGCCUCUCUGAGCAGGACAUGUCCUUCAUGCAGUACUACAGUCUGGACAUUGCGUCGGUGCUCUUGGGUCGCAUUGGACUGGCCGUGAUAAUAAUUAGCUGUGUCGGUCUAAAGCUUAUAAGACUAUUGAAGCCCUUUCAAAUAAGGCAGUACCAUGUGCACAUAGUAAACUAAAAUAAGUUUAUCUACACGUUUAUAGUCACUAAGAAGUGCAAUACAAAGAGUGUGAUAAAGUAACGUAGGGAAACAGAAAGAGCGAGAAAGAGAGAGAUUAUAAUCAGAGUUCAACUGUUUGCCUUGUCUUGAUAAUAGACCAAUCCAUAGAUAAGUUACAA